UGGACAUGGAUGGACAUGGAGGACGCCAUACCGAGGGGAAAUAUCGCCCGUCGAUCCAAUCGGGGCCGACUACAAAUAUCCCUCCCAGCCAGAGCCAUCCCUCAACCCGAACCCUAACCGGAAACAUUCAGUAUGGGCUCCAUCACCACCACUGACGCGCUCUUCCAGCCCCUCCGCCUGGGGGCCCUGGCCCUCUCCCACCGGGUCAUCCAGGCCCCUUGCACCCGGAUGCGUGCGACCAAGGAAUCCGACGGGGUGUUUGUCCCCAAUGCGCUGAUGGUCGAGUACUACGCCCAGCGCGCCUCGUCGGGGGGUCUGCUGGUCACUGAAGCCACCCCCAUUAGUCGCUACGCAGCCGGCUACCCCGGGGUGCCCGGCAUCUUCACUCCCUCCCAGAUCGCCGGCUGGAAGGCCGUGACAGACGCGGUGCACGCCAAGGGGGGUCUCAUGGUGUGCCAGCUGUGGCACGUCGGGCGCGCGACGGUGCCCUCCUUCCUGGGCGGCCGACAAGCCCUGGCCGCCAGCGACAUCCCCAUCAGCGGCGACGCCAUGGACGGGACCACCUACGCAUCCUCGCCUCCACGUCCGAUGACCAUCACCGAGAUCCAAGACACCGUGCAGGACUACGCCGCGGCGGCCCAACGCGCCCGCGAAGCCGGGUUCGACGGGGUAGAGAUCCACGCAGCGAACGGCUACCUGCUGGACCAGUUCCUGCACGACAACGUCAACACGCGCACCGACGAGUACGGCGGCAGCGUGGCCAACCGGGCGCGCAUCGUCAUCGAGACCAUCAAAGCCGUCAGCGGCGCCAUCGGGGCCGACCACGUCGGCAUCCGACUAUCACCCUACAACUUCUUCCAGGACACCCGCGACUCGGACCCGCAGGCGCACUGGGUCGAGAUCUGCCGGCUCCUCGCCGCGCUGCCCGAGUCUGUCCGACCGGUAUACGCGCACAUGAUCGAGCCGCGAUUCGACGAGGUGUUGGACGAGGCGGCCAAGAUGCAGUCCCUCCCGACGGGCAGCGUCAAGCCCACGCUGGAUAUCUUCCGGGCGCCGUUGAAGGCUGGGGGGAUUGCAUUGAUUGCAGCCGGCAACUUCGGACCGGAGAACUCGAGACCCAAGCUGGACGAGGACAAGGCGGAUGCGAUUGCCUUCGGACGCUGGUUCAUUGCGAACCCCGACCUGCCGAGACGGCUGAUGGAGGGCGUGUCGCUGGCCAAGUAUGAUCGCACGACGUUCUACGGGGCCGAUCCGGCGGAGAAGGGAUACACGGAUUACUCGUUCUACGAGUAGAGGGGUGUGAAGGAGGAACCCAGCCGACUGGAAAGGUGUCUGGGCACCAUGAUAGGUGUGAUGGAUAUGCAUUGUUGGAGGGAAGAACGUGUACAUAAGGUAUCAGCCAUAUCACCACGUCAGAUAACUCGCAUAGAUACAUACAUAGAGACAUAGCAGCUCAGCAG